CUAGUUCUCAUAUGACUUGAACCCGGGGGGAGGUGGGGGACCGGCGGCUGGCUCCUGCUGCUGCUGAUGCUGCUGCUGGGCGGUGGUGGCCUGGAUGAGCUCUGUGCCGCUGGGCGGGGCGACAGCCUCCUUCUCGUAAAAGGCCUUCAGCACCUGCAAGUCAGAGGAGAGAAAGAGCGCCAGGCAGGAGGGCUGUCUGUCUAGGUGUGGGUGUGCAAUGUGUGUUGACCGACCGACCUGUAUGGCUUGAGCGAUCAGCUUCUGGGCCUCCUGCUGAUCUCUUAUGGUAGCCUGCAUACAUACAUACAUAGAUUGCACACAGAAGUGUAGCAGCCAGCAAUCGGCUGAGUUCACUCCUCGCCUCCAGUGUGUGUCUCGAGUGUGUAUUCAACAUCAUCCCUGUGUGAGAAGAUACCUGCCUGGAAGUCGGCGUUUUCCUUCUCCCUGCCCGCUGUAUCUGCAGCUGCGACUCCUUGAUCUCGGCCUCCAGUGUCUCAAUCUCCUUGCCGAGUGUGCUGAUGGACUGUUCCAGCUCAUCGAUCUUGAUCUCCAGGUCACCCCUGUCGCGUGUCUUGAUGUCCGUCUGACGCUCGUUGGUAUUGAGCUCACUGAUACACCUACACAUUACAGAUGUGGUGUGCGUGCACAGGUGGAAAGGACACACAGAGGUACACAUGAUAGAUAUGCGAACAUAGGGUGCAGGCAUACCAUACCUACCAGUCUCUGUGUGUGAUUUCAUCCUGUUUCUCCUUGGUCAGCUGCUCGACCAUGUUAUCUAUCGCCUGUCCCAAAGCAUCCCAACACAAUCACACACGCAUAGACUCCCUGUUGGCUCUGCCGGCAUGGAUGUGUCUGCGUAUUCACUCACCUUCUUGACUUUUUUGAACGGGUCACCGCCCAUUGAUGUGGCGAUGGCCAGCAGCUCCUUGGGGUGCAGUGCAGUGGAGUUGCCAGCCGCCCUGCGGAUGAGGGACGCAGCGGCAUCACGCACACUGCGGCCCGACAAGUCGCGCAUCCGGCGAAGGGAAUGGACACGCACCUGAACCACACACAUACAUGUUAUGUUCCUUCCAGUAUCCACUGUUUUGUGGCCGAGCGCUGAGUAUGGAUUGGUACGGUACCCUACCUACCUGCAUGAGUGAGGGGUUGAAUGUGCUGGUGAAUGUGUCGUGUGCGUCGUCGUUGCUGAGGAUGGCGAUCGCCUGAGUCACCGCCUGCAGCUCCUCUUGACGCGUCUGUGCACAGACAGACCAACAGAACACCGACCAGCACAGAAGAACGCCAGGUAGGGUAGGUAAGGGUGGACGUCCUGCCAAUUCCGUGUUCUGAUCCAUCCAUCGGCUGCCUUGCCUUUUGCCUCUGGUUCCAUUCCUCGUCUGUCUGCUGGCACUUGACCUUCAAGUCCAUCAGAUACCGCUGGUCGGCGCCGAGGGAGUUGCGCGUGUCCUCAAUGUCCUGCUUAGCCUGCACACACACACAUAUACACAGACAUGUACAUGACAUGCACCGCUGAUCCAUCCAUCCAUGCCUGCAGUCUGUCUGCAUACAUUCCAAUUUACCUGCGCAAGUUUCUCCUUAGUGUCUGCGAGGUUGACGGUCUUCUGCUCCAUUUGCUCGCGGCCUGCAUUGAUCUCGGCCUCCUUGGCGGCCUUGAGCUCCUCAUACGCCUGACCAACGACCGGCACAUAUAGGAGAAAUGGGUGAUGCCGUGCAGCCAAUGUCUCUCUUCAUGGCUGCGUGCCUUUUGUUUUUGCAGCUCCUCUUUUUGGGCGUCGGACAUGUUGGCCUCGAAGUUGUCCUUCAUGUCGCGCAGAAUGCCGAAGAUCUCACCUGCUCACCACACACACGCAAAGAGAAUUUGCUAUGGUAAGACUCAAGUUACAUACACCUUUCUUUUAUGCUGUGUAGUGUACCUGACUGCGGUGCAUAUGGCUGUUUGAAUGUUGGGCUCUGGCUGAGGUGGUCGGCCGGCUGCUGCAGGAAGGACCGAAUGCGGCUGCCGGCCACUUUAUCGCCCAGCAUCCACUUGUACUUGGUGCUCAUCGACCGCACCAUAGUCCGGAUGUUGAGGAGCGUCUCGGGCGGCGGGGCGUGAUGCUUCGACAGCACAGUGAUGGCCGCCUUCAGCGCCUGGAUGGACUGCAGCAUGUCCUGCACCCCACCCAACACGCACACAAACACACAAACACAAUGCGUCAAGAUGCAUGGAGGAGGAUGGAUUGAUAGAGGGAUGGAUGGAUGGAUGGAUACAUAUGAUAUGUACCUUUUCCUCUUCUGAGAACUCUCCAUGUUCUUUGUCCCGUAUCUCUGUGGCCUGUGCAAGUGCCUUGAUGUUCGCGGCGAUCUCCUCGUUGUGGUUCUUGAUCUCCUGCUCCAGACGGGCUGAUGUUGCCGUGUGCGCCUCGAUGGCCGCCGUCAGCUGGGAGAUCCGGGCCUCCGCCUCCUCUAUGGCUGCACACAAAGAUGGACGGCACAUCAGCUGGAGGCGACGUGUACGUCUCCUUCCCUUGUUUGUCCUCCCGCAUUCACCUUUGGUUUUGUCUUUGUAAUUCUUUUCGCACCAGCAGCUCAGCUUGUCAAAGAUCUCCUCAUCCUGCACCGGACAGACACCAUGGCGUGCGCGAAACACGCAGGGCGAAACGGGUGUCUGCCGACCGACCAAGAUCUCUGUCCGUACCUCUUGCUGCUCCUUCUCCAGCUGGACCUUCAUGUCCUUCAGGAGGACUACCACCUUGGAUACUGGUUGAGGGCCACGACACGCAACACACAGUACACAGCAUCCACGCAUCCCGCCCUCCCUGUGGUGAUCUUCCGCAGAUCUUACUCGGCCUCUUCUUGUUGGCGUCCGCCCUCGUAGCCAGGCGUGUGGCGAGGCGGCCGGCAGCCACAUUCCCCGCCAACUGCAGAAGGCCGAUGAUGAAGCCGAUGACGGCAGCUCUCAUGACGGAAUGGGCACUUAUGAGGCCUUUUCGGUGGUUCAGGAAAGGCGAGAAACGGAGAAGGACUUC